ACAGUCGUCGCCGUCGUCGCGCCAAAGUAGUGAGAUCAGUUAUGGCCGGAAGAGAGCCUCGGCAUCUCCACCGCCUUCCCCAAAUCGUCAACACGACGGCCCUCGAGGACCGCGUCGAUCUCCAGCAACGCGAGAUCCAGUCCCUCCUCGGGGACAAUCAACGCCUCGCGGCCACCCACGUGGCGCUCAAGCAGGACCUAACCGCCGCACAGAGCGACCUCCGCAACCUGAAGGCCGUCGCCGGCCAAAUCAAAUCCGAGAGGAACGCCGAAGUCCGCGAGGUAUACGACAGGUCGUUGAAGCUGGACGACGAGCUCCGCGACCUGGACGCCAUGAACGCCGAGUUGACUCUGGUCCGGAACGACAUCGAGGACUUGAGCACGUCGCGGAUGGAGCUCGCGACCGAGUUGAAGACGAUCCAAGGAGAGAUUGAGAGGGCUCGGUCCGACGAGUCGAAGCAAAUCGAAGCCAUUAGAGACGAAAUUGAGACUUUGAAGCUGGAGAUUGAGAAAGGAAGGACUGCGGUUGAGAUUGAGAAGAAAACACGAGCUAGUAACCUUGAGCAUCGUCAAGCUAUGGAGAAUUAUAUGGCUAAGUUGGCUCUCGAAAUCGAAAAGCUUCAUGGGGAGUUGGCAAAUGCAGAGAAGAGAGCAAGGGCUGCAGUAGCAGCAGCAAAUCCAGGUUCUGGGUACCCUAUGGCUUAUGGCAAUGCCGAAAUGCUAUACGGAGGAAAUGCAUACCCUGAUCCCUAUGCCAUGCAUCAGGAAAAUCUGAGACUAUAACCAGAAUGCACCGAUCUCUGUAAUUGUGGGUAUUAGUAGAAAGUACAUAUGAUAACAUGGAGGUUGGGGUGAAAAGUUGUCCUGCAUGAUUGUUUUCACCAGAUGGAUAGCGAGUCACAAUGAUAUGUUUCCAAUGUGAUUAAUCAACUGUCAGGAAACACAAGUGUCUCGUUUGAUCAUGAUGACUAGGAUCAUUUGUAUCUUAAGAUCUCCAUAGACUAGCAAGAAUGAACUGCUUUGAGGUGAAGCAUGGUCAUCUAAAGAUAAAAAACAGAGAUGGAAGCUGUUAAAUCUUGAAGGUUAAAAGAUAACAAGGAAAACUUUGGCUCUCUUACUUGGAAACAUUGCCCAAAAUUACUGUAAGGUGCUAUACAAAAAACAUUUUCACUUGCAGUUGCAUUUUCACAUAUACCUGUAAUGUGCAAUUUAGAUAAUCCACUGUACUUAAAAAUAUCCUGCCAUGUAAUCUAAUAUUAUUAAAGUAUCAUAUCCAUUU